UGAAGGCCACUGAGAAAGUGGGUCUGUUAUAAACAACAGAGGCUGUUUCAAGAACAACAUAAUGGAGCCAGAACAAACCAGAUGAGAAAUAAAAAGAGUGCAGAGAUUAUAAAACAAAAACAACAACAAGUUUAUGCACAAAUAUUUCAGGAUGAAUUUGUUGAGUACUUGCAAAGUAAAGGUAGCCGUCCACAAGAUCAUAGAAACCUUUCAGCCUCUCCUUCUCGAAUACAGAGAUUAAAAAGCAAUCAACCAUCUAAUCAUGACAGAGAAAAGCAUAGUCACGGGUCAUUCAAGAAGAAUGAUUCAAAGACAGUGGAAAGAAGCUACGGCUUAAAUCAAGCUCAGAAAUCUCAUUCAAAUAAUAUAUCAGGAACUAUGCACCAAAAAGACUCGAGAAACGAACAACAUGAACCUGACAAGACUUCUGUUCCUGACAUGUCUGCCCCGUCCUGGGUCCAUUUCACUCUAGACAGAAAAGCUUUGAUGAGCUGUUUUGAUUUCUAAAUCCCACAGGGAUAAUAAGAUUUAAUCCUAGCACUUGGAGAUUUUAAUGAAAUGUAUUAUUUCAGUUGGUUUACAUGAAUUUUGAUGUAAUUGGGCAGGACUGCUGAAUGGUAAUUAGAACUUUUGACGAGUUAUGAAGUUGUGAUGAAGAUUUAGAAAAUGCCUUUCUUCUGCUGUUGAAAUCUGAUAAAAACAAGAUAAAGUCAUAAAGUGUUACUAGAAGUAAUUUUUAUAUUUAGUCUUCUAACAAAAAAAA